CCUGGCUGCUGUUCGGGGAGGCUCCCUGUGGGUCCCUCCCUGCCUCCCUGCCAGGCAGCCCCCGGGGAGGCAGAGCCGUGGCAGGGAGCGGAGGGCUGGGCUGGCACUAUUGUGGGGCAUUCUUAUUGUGGCGAGAGGGAUGGGAUCUGCCCCCCUCGCCUUGCCUUCCCUCCGCAGUCGGUGCGUGUGGCGGCGGGAGAAGGAGCAGCCCCUCAAGAGCCCCUCGGCUGGGCUCCUCGGAAAGAUGAAUAAAGGCAAACAGAUGAAAUAAUUAGAAGGAUGAAAAAGGUGCACAUAUUAAUGGAAGGCUGAAGAAUAUUGCAGUGAGAAUCAAGUUGGCAGGAGCCUGUGGCUAAGAUAAAAAUGACAGAAGGGAGACACUGUCAGGUACAGCUUCUGGAUGACAGAAAAUUGGAGCUGCUGGUUCAGCCUAAACUGUUAUCUCGGGAAUUGUUGGAUCUGGUAGCUUCACAUUUCAACCUGAAAGAGAAGGAAUAUUUUGGAAUAACAUUCAUAGAUGAUACGGGUCAGAAUAUCUGGCUACAGUUAGAUCACAGAGUUCUAGAUCAUGAUUUGCCCAAGAAACCUGGACCAGCAACUUUGUUUUUUGCAGUCAGAUUUUACAUUGAAAGUAUUUCCUUUCUGAAGGACAAGACCACAGUAGAACUUUUUUUCCUGAAUGCAAAGUCAUGUGUGAAUAAGGGGCAUAUUGAGGUGGAAAGUGAGACAGUCUUCAGAUUAGCUGCUUUGAUUUUACAGGAAGCUAAAGGAGACUAUUCAAGUGAUGAAAAUGCAAGAAAAGAUCUAAAGAACCUGCCUGUCUUUCCAACUAAGACUCUUCAGGAACACCCUUCACUUGCAUACUGUGAGGACAGAGUGAUUGAAUACUAUAUAAAAAAUAAGGGUCUGACCAGAGGACAAGCAAUUGUUCAGUACAUGAAAGUGGUUGAAGCCCUGCCUACUUAUGGAGUCCAUUAUUAUGGAGUAAAGGAUAAACAAGGAAUCCCUUGGUGGCUUGGGAUCAGUUAUAAAGGAAUUGGCCAGUACGAUUUACAAGAUAAAGUCAAGCCCAGGAAAUUAUUUCAAUGGAAACAACUGGAGAAUCUCUAUUUCCGUGAAAAGAAAUUUGCUGUUGAGGUUCAUGAUCCUCGUAGAAUUUCAGUGUCAAGAAGGACUUUUGGACAGAGUGGCCUCGUAGUGCAAACCUGGUAUGCGAACACUUCUCUGAUCAAAUCCAUCUGGGUUAUGGCAAUCAGUCAACAUCAGUUUUACUUGGACAGAAAACAAAGCAAAGCAAAAAUUCCCUCAGCCAGAAGUUUGGGUGAUAUUGCAAUGGACCUCACAGAUAUGGGAACACCAAAAGUUUCAAAACUAGCAGCUUUGGAAGCAAAGAAUCAACUUAUAAUGGCCAGCAAUGGUAGUUUAAUCUCUUCAGGGUCUCAAGAUUCGGAGGUCAGUGAGGAGCAAAAGAAAGAGAAAAUCUUAGAACUGAGAAAGAAAGAAAAGCUUUUACAGGAAAAGCUUCUGCAGAAAGUGGAGGAGCUGAAGAAAAUCUGCCUACGGGAGGCGGAGAUCACUGGGAAAAUGCCAAAAGAAUAUCCUCUGAACACAGGAGAGAAACCUCCUCAGGUCAGAAGGCGUGUUGGCACAGCAUUUAAAUUGGAUGACAAUUUACUUCACUGUGAAGAGGACCCAGCUUUGCAGAAUCUGGAGAGCAACUUUCUCAUACAACAGAAGCUGGUGGAAGCUGCUAAGAAGCUCGCUGGUGAGCCAGACCUGUGCAAAAAUGUGAAAAAGAAAAGGAAGCAGGAGUAUGUGGAAGCAGUGAAAAAGCUUCAAGAAAUUGAGAACUCCAUUAAUGAAUAUAGGAUCAAGUGUGGGAAGAAACCUGCUCAGAAGGCAACCUUGACCUUACCAUCAGAGGACAUCAUUCCAUCUGAGAGCAGCUCUUUGUCUGAUACAACAACAUUUGAUGAUGGCAAUGAUUCCCUUGCUGUGCCAAGCCAAAGAACAAACUCUGUGCCCCUUUCUCCAAAAACUCCACCACCCAAAUCACUUGGGGUAGAGAGAAUACAUCUCAGAAAGUCUUCCAUGAAUGAGCAACUCUUGGACUCCAGGCACUCCAGAGAUCCGUUGUCAACACAUAGCAGUCCAUACAGAACUGUAGAGAGACAACAACAUGGUGGAAGAAGUAUGCCCACAACACCAGUUCUCACACGCAAUGCAUACAGUAGCACACAUUUGCGGCCAGAUCGCUCCCCCCAGCACUGCAGACAGCGGAGUGGCAGCUUAGAGUCCCAGACGAACACAUUGUCUGAGAUGGCUAGUGAAAAACCAGUGUUCAACCUUUCAAAAUCACAGAGAAGCAGCAGUACAGAAAUUCUAGAUGAUAGGUCAUCCUACACUAGCCAAUCAAGUGCAGAAUACUAUUGUGUAACCCCGAAUCCAAGCCCGUAUUAUACCACCCAGACCCUUGACAACCGUACAAGGAACAGGAGACGGUCCAAGAAACAAAACAUUUCUGCUUCCAGUUCAGGAAGCAUGCCAAAUCUAGCCCAAAAGGACAUCCGUAAUGGUGUCUACCCAAAGUCUCAAGGACAGACAUCAAACAAUUGCUACAUUACUGGCUAUGCCCCUUACCUGGAGUGUGAUGUGUAUUUCAACGGGGGUUAUGUGUACGAGAAUGGCACAGAGGGCCAGUACACGGUCAACCCUUCCUACCGUUCAUCAGCACACUAUGGAUAUGAGCGGCGCUAUCGGGAAUUCAGGUCUUUCCAUGAAGAUGAGAUGGAAAGAGUUCCACACAAUCCAUAUGCUACCCUGCGCCUGCCACGGAAGCCAUCUGUGAAAGCUGAGCACAUCACCAAAAAUAUUCACAAGGCCUUAGUAGCUGAGCAUCUUCGUGGCUGGUACCAUCGUGCCUCUGGGCAGAAAGACCACGGCCAUGGCCUGCAGGCAGGCUUCGACACUGACCGAGGUUCACAAAGGAGCCUGGGCUUUGCUGGACUGCAGGUGCCAUGUUGUCCAAGCAGUCGUGCGUCAUCUUUCUCUUCAGCAUCUUCUGCAAACACCUCUGGGAAUUGGCGGAAUCCAAUUGCACUUGGACUGUCUGAUUACGACACCCUGUCUCAGUCUUCUUACCGCAGCUGUUAUGGGAGCAUGUAUGGCAGCAACCCACAGCAGAGCAGGACAUAUGCUGAUACAAGUGAGCUGGGUGACAGGAACCAAGUGGAAGGCAACUUGCAAGACAGUGAGCAAAGACUAUUCUGGCAUGAAGAUUCAAAGCCUGGGACUUUAGUGUGAACUAGCCAUUGCUUCCAUUACCUUUAUGUGCCUUGCACCUUAUGCUCUUCCUAUAAAAAUAAGCUUCCUGGUGCAACUCAAAAAGGAGGAUCAUUAUGGAAAGAUAAAAAUUGUUCAGUGAAAGAAAGCUACAAAAAUCUUACCCAUUCUAGCACAAAAGUAUGAAUCCAAAUAACACAGAAGAAGAGGAGGCACCUCAGCAGCCUGGCUGUAACUCUCCUCCACUACCCCCAAAUGGUUAAAGUAUUUUUGGAAGGCACUUUUUUUCAAGCAGAUGGAAGUUGCUGAUAUUACAAACAUCCAAAAAUGUGAAAAGGAGAUUCCUAUGGGGACCGUUUUAGGAGCACAAUUCAGUGGAAAAACAAAUCACAGUGUUUGGAAUCACUUCUGCCAGAGCAUCUGCUUGAUCAAGUUUGUGACCUGUUGAUGGGCAAAGUGAUGUGAAUGGAACAGAAGAGUGUCUGAGAUUACAGCUACUUGAAGGAUGUUUGUGUUUUUAAACAGUAUUUUGAAUGAAGUUAAAAUGUUUUUUAAGGUUUGCUGGCUUAAACGUGCUUACUCUAAGCACAAGGAGGGGGGAAAUGAACGGUAGUUGCACAUUGCAAUGUACUACAUAAAUCUGAGCCUACAGAAUGAUUCUUUUCUGGACAAUGGGAAUUCAAUUUUUCCAGUUUUUCAAUGUCUGUUCAUUUAUGCAAGAAUGCAUGCAAGUUUCACAGCAGCAUGUGUUGGGAAAUACUUGUUAUACUUCCAGACAAGGAUUUGGUAGUGCAGUUGCCCUGCUUUGAGGAAUUUUAUGGGAGAUUCAGACAAUGCCAUCUUUCAUUUUCAGUCUUUGCAUGUUUUCCCACUCCUUUUUUUUCUGUCUUUUUUCUUUCCAUAAAAUAUAUUAAGGAGGAAAAGAUGGCGUAAUAUUUUAGGGUUGGUACUCCUCCAUCAUGAAGCCUCCUUUGUUUUGGUAUGAGCUACAGAAUGAGCUACCAAUGUAACAAGAUGUCCAAUAUAUUGAACAGUUUGGUUAUAUUGGCCAGUAUUAUUCAUGCUUUUGAGAUGGAUGCAAAUACAUUUAACAGUAAAACCAAGAUGGUGCCUUAAAAUCAAAGGGCAUUAUAAUUGUGAAAUAUAUGUUACCUGAAAAACAGGUGCACUAUUUUGUUCCAUGCCCCAAUCAAUAAAGUCAAGAGCAUGUCCACUGCUCUUCCACUGGAGCUUUCUGGCCUUCAAAAUGUGAUCUCUGUUGUUUGUCUGUUGACCAGAGGACAAAGCGUAAGAGGAAAGAACAUGUGGAUUUAGUCCAGGCCACAGGUUGAAUUGGACUGAGAGCUGACGGUGUAGAUCACAUGUGGCCCCACAUCACUGUAGGAUCUAAUCUGUGAUUGGAAGCUUUUUUCCAGAUGUGGGCUGACUUCUAAAGACUAAAGUAACUAAGUGCUAAGUAGCAUCUUUGCUAACUCAGUGGAUUUUGGUUUGGGGUUUGUUUGCAAAAAGAAAAAAAAUGAAUGAUCAGCUGCAGGUUUCAUCUGGGAGGGAUCAACCUACCUCAUAUCAUCUGCCUGUAGGAACAAAUUAGCUAAAGAUUAUCUAUGUAAUUUUGCAAACUGUCUAUGAAGAUACUUGUUUCUCAGCUAUAUUGUGCUUCAGGAUGCUAUACAAUGGUGCUGUUCAAGGAUCUUUUUUUAAAAAAAAAUGUAGAAUGCAUCACUCCUUGUUCAUAUUGUGAAUAAGUGGUUUCUGGAAAACAGUUUUUGGACCUUUUUUUACUGAUGCUUCCAAAGCAUAUAAGAAGAAUUCUAUAAAUAGAUACACACAUACUUAUGUACACAUACACACACACAUAUACAUAUGUAUAUAUAUAUCCACAGAGAAGUUUUUAAUUUGUUAAGCUGGUCCUUAGUCAUUUGUAUUAUUAGAAUUAACGUUUGGAAUAAGAAUGGAAAAUUAAAGCAAAAUUAAUUUAUUUCUUUUGUGCAUAUUUGUAUAGCCUUUUAGAAAGAAGAUCUUUUUUGCUUAUUCUUUUACUGCUCCUGACUUUUUUAAAAGGCCUAUGGUUUUGUAUAGGUCAAUAAACUUAAAAAUAU